AUAAAACCCCAACGAAGAAGAAGAAGAAGAGAUACUAAAACAACUCAUGUGGUGGCGUGUGGAAGCAACAUAUAACAUUGUACACCACCGACAUUGGUUGUCGAGUCGUCCAUCUUUGGAUGUAUUCAAUGAGGCACCGACUAUAACUGGAGACUGAACUCUCACGUCAGACCACUGACUCUGUUACUGACACUGUAACAGGGAGACGGGACCACUGUGUGAGUGAGGUGACACUGUGGCUCCAAAUGGCCAAGAACACGCUAUCUUCGCGCUUCAGAAAGGUGGACAUUGAUGAAUUCGACGAGAACAAAUUCGUGGACGAUCACGACGAGGCAGCCGAUCAGCAAGGACCCGAUGCUGUCGAGAUCGAUAACCUUAUCAGGCAAGGGGACAUGAUGUCAGCCCUUCACAUCGCUCUUAGGAACCCUCCAAUCAACAGCAAGAACCCAGCAUUAACGGAAAGAGCACAGACUGUGGUAUUGAGGGUGCUGACAUCCUUUAGGAGCAGUGAUAUAGAAUCUGCUGUUAAAUCUCUUGACAAGAAUGGAGUCGAUCUUCUCAUGAAGUACAUCUACAAAGGUUUUGAGAGGCCCACAGAAAAUAGCAGUGCCAUAUUGCUGCAGUGGCAUGAAAAGGCAUUUGCCAUUGGAGGACUAGGCUCUAUUGUUCGAGUUAUGACAGCUAGGAAGACCGUAUGACUACCCGACCAGACUUGAAAACAAUGUUGCCAAGAGACACUAAGGACAUGAGGCUGGUUUGCUUAUUAUCAGAAUGAAGAGAUCAGGAGAUCUGUGUCUUGAUGAAGAAAACAAAACUAUAAACCGUAAACAUUAGAGAAACACCAAAGCACUUGUUUCAGACUGAAAAAAAAUAUGCUUGUGUAAAAUUGAAGUAGUUUUCACAUGCCAAUAUAUCAUAAAUUAUUGAUAUACUGGCACCAAAAAGAUCUUAAUUAGACAUGGCUUUGUGUAAAAAAAUAAAUAACAAAAAUGAUCAAGAUAAAAUAUACUGUGGAAGAUAAAACAAUCCCAGUGUACAUGCUCUUGAGGUACAUGGGUAAAAACGGGACUCUGCAUAUUUUAAGAUCAGGUGAGUGCAACCACAAGUGAGCCGGUCUAUAUGAGAUUUGUGGAGUUUUAGAUUUAAUGUAGAUUUAAUCAAUGUUUUAUUUUCAUAUUUUAUUUCACAUCUAUGGUCCCAUACUUUUUUUUUUUUUUUUUUUUUUUUUUUGUGCAGAGAUUUAAUAAUGGAACCAGUGAUGUGAACCAAAAGGUCAGAGUGGGGAUGUUUGUAAAGUGCCUGCUACAAUAAAUUAAAUGGAUCUCUU